AUGACAGGAAAGGUGAAUUUAGUAUUCAUCCCGUCCGUCGACGCAGAAGUUAUCACGAGGGGAGACGUUUUCCCUCGGAGGCUGCCAACAGCAAGGACGCCUGCAAAGGGUCAUCCAUCCAAUCUCCCCGCCUCCCUAGUAUGUAAUUUCCGGACUGGAGACACUACCCAAAAGUUGAGCGCCGGGCCGUCUCCCAAGGUGGUCCUGAACCAGGGAACGGUGGAAAUGAUAAGUGGGGAGCUAAGCUGA